UUUAAAAAUCUUGACGGAGAGAUUAGGGGACACCAAAAAACGAAAAAUAAUUACACUAUUCGAGUUCAAAGUAUAUUAUCUACAGAAAUUAGAUUAAAAAACUAGGAUUACAUUUGAUCAAAAAAAAACUAGGAUUACAUUGUGUCCGCCAAACAGAUCACUGCAAAAUAAUAUAUGUAUAAAAAAUAGAAAAGUGCUAGUGAUGAUAAGAUAUUGAUAAGCAAGUUGUGAUAAGCAUUGACUUCUUGGUAAGUCAUAGUCAGGAUGGAGUGGUACGACAUAUCGUACAUUUAUCCCCUUUAUCAAAUUGGUUUAUUUAUAAACUAAUAUAAUAUUUUAAUGCAAAGUUGCAAUUUAAAAAUCGUGUCUUUAAUAUAAAAUGAAAGCGCGAAUUUGUCGUUUACGCAAUAGUAAAUGAAUCUAAUUUAAAUCAUGUCAACUUCAGAAUUUAAAUAGCUUAAGAGUACUUAGCUAGAUGUGGUUGUUCCUACUAUAUCAGGAGCCAUGCUAAAGGCACGUCUCGACCAAUAGUAUAUUAUUAGCUUAAUAUUCGAUUUAAGUUAUCACGGUAAUGCAAAGUAAGAUCAUAACUACCGAUAGUAUUUGAUUCCUUGGUUCAGUUUGGUUCUUUGAAACUUUAAUGUUUGUGUAUCUAAAGAUGGUUCAUGUAAAACAUUGGUGAGCAAUUUUGCCUCUUGUUUAAUGUAAUGGAAAUUCAAAAGAAAAUACUCAUAGUUACUUGCACGUUUGGGGACUACACAACACACGCACAAGUUCACUUAUUCGAUAGAUCUUACUGGCUUAAAGCCUUAAAGUGAUUUACAAGGUUGAAAGAAUCAAAUAUAUGUGUUAAGAUUAAAAUGAAAUCUUGGGGGAUUUCAUUGGCAUAGUUAGUUUGAGCAUAUAAUAACUAACAGAAUAAUUUCAAGAUUAAGAAAUAAAGUCUAUGUUUUUCAACGACAUUCAAAUAUUGGUUUGUUAAAUCAAGCCAGGAAUUGGUUCAUAUUUGUUGUACCUAAGUACAAUAAUCUUUUGUUGUUCACAUUUUUUUAAUUAGUCGAUGGAGCUACCAUUUAUACAUUUAAUAAUUAAUAUUACAUGCUUUGUAAUUAAUAGAUAUCUUUUCAUUAAAAAUAAAUAAAUAAUAGAUAUCUUUGUCGCAUAUCGUUUAGCGUACAUGGAUGGUACGUGCAUACUCAACCAAACUAGCCGGCGAUGAAAUUGAGUUUAUAUAUUUUGAUGUUAUCUAAUAUCAAUUACCUUAGGUUGGCACAAUGAAAGCGAGUGUCACAGAAAAAACAAAAUCGAAUCGUCAUUGUGUUGAAAUAACAAAGGCUUAAAUCUUCAACAAAGGCUUAAAUCCAAGAUUAAGAAUGAGCAAAAAAGAAAAAAAAAUCAAAGAUUGAGGCUGACCAUCUAAUGUAAUAAUUUAAGUUCACCAAGUCCACAAUGUCAGCGAUCAAAUCCUUUGAUCUAUACGUAUAUUUUUCACACUCGGCCAUUAGGAUGAAAAGCGAAACAUGGACCAAAAUAAAAAUAAUUAACUAGUACUAUAUAAAAUUAAUAUAAUUCUUAUAAUUCAUAGUAUUGUUUUUUUCUCUAAAAUAACUUGAUUUAGAUAACUCAUUCUAGAUACAGUAUGAAAUUGUUGACAAGAAAAAAAUAUAUGGAAUGAAAUUAUAUAUUUUUGACAAGCAUAGGGAAUAGGGAGUAGUAAUAAAUGGUAGCAAUGAGACCAAUUGACACGUUGUUAAUUAGUGUAGGCAAAUGUCAACGCUUCGUCUGUCCAUUUAUAUAAUAACCUAACCACUUCCUUCGUAUCACAAACUCACAAAAUCUCCAUUGAACUUUCACCAUGAAGCUUGUUUGGUCGCCUGAAACCGCCUCUGAAGCCUACAUCAGCACCGUUAGAUCUUGUAAGAGCUACAAAGAAUCAGGAGUGGCGGAGUUUUUAUCAGCUACGGCCGCCGGAUGGAACGCUAGGCUAAUCGUUGAGACAUGGUCACGCGGCGAUCCACUCGCGACUAGCGUAGGACUCGCGGUUGCUGCUAGUCACACUUGCGGGAGACACGUGUGUAUAGUACCAGAUGAGCAGUCGAGACUGGAGUACGUGUCGGCCAUGAGAGGAGUCGUUACAACGGAAGCUACGGAGGUUGUUGUGGUCAGAGAAUCUGUUGAGAACACGAUGGAGGAGUUUCCCGGCGUGGACUUCUUGGUGGUAGACUCGAAGCGGCGAGAGUUCGUUAAAACGCUGAGGUUUGCGAAAUUGAGCAACAAGGGUGCCGUUUUAGUGUGUAAAAACGCUGCGCAGAGAGCGAUAUCUGGAUUUAAAUGGCAAGAUGUGUUGAAAAAAGGGACACGUGUGGUGAGAUCAGUGUUUUUGCCUGUUGGGAGUGGGUUGGACAUGGUACACGUGGGAGCUGCUGGUGGAAACCAGCGUGGUGACUCGAGGAAGCAUCCUAGCCGUUGGAUUAGACAUGUGGAUCAUCUGUCGGGAGAGGAGCAUUUGUUCAGACGCUUAAAUUGAGAUUUCUUCUUUUACCCUUUUGUGAGUCCUAUGAUGUGCAUACGUUACAUGACAAAAAUAAUCUCCCAUAAUCAAAAACUCUCAUCAUCUUUCUUUUUUUCUGAAUAUUUCUCUUCAUUUCAUAAUUCCCUCUCAAAAGGGUAUCUUUUACAACAGACAAACGCAUUAGUAAAUAUACCGCAUGCAUCAUAAACAACAUUGUUUGAUGCCAUAUACUAAGCACAAUCUUGCCACCAUAUUCAUAUAUAUAUGAAUGUAACCUUAGUCCUCAGAGGAAAGACUCUUCUCAAAGUAAGGAUGGUUAUACAUUUAUCAUUAGAGAACUGAUCAACUUUGCUUAUCCUCAACUCCUUUAUUGAGUUCAGUAACCGAUUACAAGAAAAGCUUUGAAGUUUUUAGCAAAAAAAAAGCUUUGAAG